AUGUCAACUCGGAACGGAAGUGUGUUGCCCAGCUGGAACACUACAGCUGGUGUAUCAGAGACUGUUGGUUCUGACACAAUUACUGCCUCCUCCGAGUCGAUAGUAUCUGCGUCUCUUCCAACAGACUCCGAGCUAUCUCCCAGUAUUACUCAAAGUAGCAGUGUCGGGUCAAAUUUCACAUCGUCCAUUUCAGGUGCCGUCUCUCUACCGACUAUCAGUGUUCCAGCCUCGGAGAUCCCACCUAUUCCAAGUUUGCCUUUCCCGACAGACUCGCUCGAAGUUCCAACCAGUACCGAAAGCGGGAGUGUUGUUGCUGGCGGUAAUACAACAGUCUCUGCGCCAGGGAGUACCGAAGCCGUUACAUCCUUCUCGAGUCCUGUAGCCACAGCUUCAACGCCUGGUAGUGGCUCCAACGGCUCUGAAUCUGGUAGUAACGCAACCUCCACUGGCGUUCCUGAAUUCCCCGCAGCCAACUUCACACAUGUCACACGCACCGCGGCCCUCUCCCAGGAGACGUGCUAUACUCUGCCAGACGAUCCAGAGGGCGACGCAACCCGCCGAGCGUUGUUGUUCAACUCCAGACUUCGGGAAGACAAUGUCUCGAUUCCUAUGCCAUAUAUAGAGUCUGUCGAGUUUGAAAGCGAUGGCGUCAAUCCGCUGUAUCUCACAAUUCGCGAUGAAGAAGGCGGGACAUACUUUGUCGACAUCUCUCAUCGCGGGCGGCUUUCAGUCGUGGAUCCUGCUGGGUAUGUCGUGACACUUGACGCCAAGGGUAUUCACUUCUCGGGAAGUAACUGCACGUACGACGUAUCCAUCACAAUUGACGACAUGUACACUCAGAUAGCCGAGCUUGCUGGUGUACAAUGCGCUGCUCUCAGACGGCAGAAGCGUGCCAAUGAUAUGGACUUUAGCCAGAUUUUGUACUUGCAUGACCAAUGCGGCAAUGUUGUUGACAAGUCACUGAGACAGUAUCCUCAGCUUCUGGUAGGUGACACAGCCUGCGCAGACGUCGCCAUUGAUGGAGAUACGGGACGCUGGGAUUUUGACUGCACGUUUCCCGGUUCUCAAUCUGGCCCUAUGAGAUGCCAGUGGGCUGUCAAGAAUAGCAUCGUCGACUUCAUCACCAUCGAUCCGUUUGGUGGUUCCUGUCCUGACUUGUCUACCGUCGUCGCCACGUUGGAAGAGUCGGGACAAGACAUUGUCGAUCCAUUACAACUUCGACAGGACCUUGCCAACCAAGGUUUGCGGACUGAGAGAGCGAGGCAAGAGGCGGAUCAGGCCGUCGAUGCGUACACUCUUCUCUGGCAAGCUCUCGGGGCCAUGUUCUCCACGAGCACGGGUACUUCCAAGGGUGCCCUGGAGAAGUACAUCGAUGUGUACAAUUCCCACCGCAAUUUUGAGAACGAUAUCUGCCAGGCUCUUCAUGAAGGCGAGAUUCCUCUCAACUUGACUCUCAUCGCUGGCGCAACCAAGAUCCCUGCCAUCACAACCCUAAACUGGGCACCUGAAUCACCACGGACCUACAACAUCACCGUCCAAGACUCUACGCGAAUUGCAUGCUGUCCCAAUGCCAGAGUCGCAGAAGGCAAAGGCGCUACAUGCGCAUAUCCUCGAGAAGCCAUCAUGCCAGGAACGGGGUGCGUCUGUGGUACAACUGCUGGAGGCGAAGGUAUCGCAUUCGAGUGGACCGAGUGCGGGAACUUUGCAGGCACUUGCGAGGCCGAUGGAGAUUGCGGCGACGGAUAUCUUUGCUUGACAGGAAGUUGCUGUGGUGGGGGAGUUUGUGUUGAUGCGUAUGCUUGCUCGGAGAAUGGGACAGCUUUGGUACAGUUCGAUGGUGGGUUUCUAGGGUAG